GCCAAUAGCAAUCGAGUAAUGUAGCAGUGGCGAUCCUCGUCAAACCUGUGGAGCUAGAUCUGGACCGUUGACUGGGUGCAAGAAAGCACAUGUUGUUGAACUUUUACCCGUACGAUUAGAAAACAUGAGAAACACAAUGAUGAGCGAUAAUAACCGUCCGAUUAUAAAUCCGCUUUACCAUCGUUGCCUAUAAAUUAAUAUCAAGAGUCAUACACGCGUGGAGGUUGUCAUUAAUAUCUUUUUCCGAGAUCGGAGCUCAAAUUUGAAUUCGGAGAAGCUAGAGAGUUUUCUGAGAUGGCUCGUACUAAGCAAACAGCUCGUAAAUCUACCGGAGGAAAGGCUCCUAGGAAGCAGCUUGCUACAAAGGCUGCACGUAAGUCUGCGCCAACCACUGGAGGAGUCAAGAAGCCCCAUCGUUACAGGCCUGGAACUGUUGCACUUCGUGAAAUCCGUAAGUACCAGAAGAGUACUGAGUUGCUGAUCAGGAAGCUCCCAUUCCAGAGACUUGUUCGUGAGAUUGCCCAGGAUUUCAAGACUGAUCUGCGUUUCCAGAGCCAUGCGGUGCUUGCACUCCAGGAGGCUGCUGAAGCGUACCUUGUGGGUCUCUUUGAGGACACUAACCUCUGUGCCAUUCAUGCCAAGCGUGUCACCAUAAUGCCGAAAGACAUUCAACUCGCUCGCAGAAUCAGAGGAGAACGUGCUUAAGUGUGAUGGGGGAAGCUGGUGGUCGGAUUAUGUGAAUGUGGGUUUUUUCUAAAUAGAUAGUUGGGAUUAGAUAAUGGCUUAAAAAGCUUUUUGUUGUAGGAGACUGAAAACAAUGGUGGUUGGUUUUUUUUCUCUAUUUCUUGUCUAGUCGGUUUAUGAUUUGUGUGUGUUCUUCUUUUAGCUACGUUUUGUGGUGUGUAUUGCUUUCUUGUUUGGCAAUGUCAAACACCUUUUGUUGUUGAAUUUCAUCUCUGAAACAGAUUAGUAUGUUAAAGUUUCUGACUUUUGUUUCGUCUGAUCCUGUUCAAUUUAAUAUGAUUGAUUUUGUUGUUU